AUGCACCCUUUUUCCAUCCUCACCCUUGCGAUCUUCGUAGCUGGCUACAUCACUGCUCGAUGGGAUCUAGUUACUCGGCUUUACGAAUUGGCCGUUUUUGCCUGGGAUAAAGGUGUUAUUGCCCGCGUCACCCAAGGAUUUGCUCUAUUAAGUUUUGCAUUUGUCCUCAUAUUUGUACCUGUGCAACAUAUUGCUCGAAUAGAAGUCGAUCUGCAUCCGCGAUCGCCUAGUCUUGGAAUAUCUGCUCGAGAACAACUUCGGCGCAGAGGCUCCUUCUAA